AUGGCAGACGCCGACAUUUCCCCCCUGGACUCGGCCAGCGCCACCAUCACGCCGCUCCCGCCGGUGCUCCGCCGAGGUCUCCCAGCGAUCGCGGCUUUGGCGUGUCUCUCGUUUGUGACGUCGAGCGUGGCAUUGAUCUAUCUCACCCUCAAGUUCACACGAUGGUACUUCCGGACACGGCGGGGCGCCCGCGCCGUCGGCACCAAAGGUUCGGAUUUCACGGCGCCGGUUGACCUGUCCCUGGGACUCGCCCAACGGCACUUUGCCGGGGACGGUAGCAACCCGGAACCACCGAGGCCAGCCAAGUCACACCCGAACCAGUUCCUCAUCCUAAUCUUCAACCUCCUGUUGGCCGACAUCCACCAAGCCGGCUCAUUCAUGCUUAACGCGGUGUGGUAUGGGCGUGACGGGAUCUUUGUCGGGACGACGACGUGCUGGGCCCAGGGGUGGCUCAUUCAGACAGGCGACCUGGCGUCGAGCUUCUUCAUCACGGCCAUUGCGGUGCAUACGUACCUGGCCGUGGUGUGGGAGUACCGGCCGCCGCAGAUGGCCAUCUACAUUGUGGUGGUGUCACUGUGGAUUUUCAACUUUGUUUUAAUUAUAAUUGGUAUUGCCAUCACCGACAACGGCAAGACGACGGGCGGCUUCUUUGUGCGGGCCACAGCUUGGUGCUGGAUCAACGUCCAAUACGAAGGACUCCGCCUCUAUAUCCACUACCUCUGGAUCUUCCUCGCCCUAGCCAUCACCGGCAUCCUGUACACCCUCAUCUUCCUCUCACUUCACAGAGCCAGCCGCCGAGCGCACUCCAAGGGCGCCAACGGCCACGGUGCCCUGCUACCCACGGCUGAAGCGUAUGCCGUCAACUCCGAUUCCCGCACCAACAUCCACACCGUCACUACCAACGCCUCCAUAGCCACUACCACCCUUGGCACCCUCGACGAUCCCGACCACGAUCACGACCAUGACCAUGACCAUGACCACCCCAGCCAACCCACCAAACCCUCCCCCCUCCAUUUCACCACCCCUCUCCCAUCCGCCCACCACGACCACACCAACGACGACAACCACCACCACCACCACCCCUCCCAACCCCACCACAGAGACGCCACCAACGACACCGCCAUCCAACUCAGCGGAGGCCACCACAAAGCCUUCCUCCUCUACCCCCUCAUCUACAUCCUCUGCACGGCCCCGCUCGCCCUCGGCCGCAUCGCCACCAUGGCCGGCGUGCCGGUCCCACUAUCCUACUUCUGCACGGCCGGCGCGCUGAUCACCAGCAACGGCUGGCUGGACGUGCUGUUAUGGGGCGUGACGCGGCGACAGUUGCUGUUUGGUGGGGAUGUCGACACGGAGGAUACGGGGCUGGAUACGUUUGCUUUUAUGCGCACGCCGCCCGGGAGGAAGUGGGGGAAUAUGGUGUGGGUGGAGGGGGGGAAUAGUAGUAAUGGGGAGGGGAAUAAUAGGGGUGGGAUGAAUGGGAAUGAGGGUGAUGGGAAAGGGACGGGGAAACUGGGUGGUCUUGUGAAACGACGUAUGGGCUGGCGACCCCUCGGCCGUGGCCGAGCUGGCGUGGGCGCUACGAGUGAACUCCAUGGCGCAAAUGGCCGCCGGGGAGCAGCAGGAUCAGGAGGGAAUGGACACGGACACCACCAGGCCGGCGGGAGUCUUGGUGGGAGGGAGGACGGCAUGGGGAUACAGAUGGACCUCGUCACGACGGUGGUUGUUGAACCCGCGGUACUGGAACGUGUUGAGGGUGGUGGUGGUAGUCGGAGUCAGAGUCGGCAUCGACAUGCGCCGAGCGCGUCGGUGGGGAGUCGGCAUCGCAAUAGAGCGGUAGCCGCGUACGACACGGACUCGUCGCCGGAGGAUGGGGGGUUAGGGUUAGGGGGGAAGGUGGUGGGGUUGGAUAUUUCAGGCUGA